AUGGACAUAAUUCAUCAAAAAACAUCCCUUUCUCAAAAUGGAAAUAUAAACAAUGCAUACAGUAUUACUAGCUAUGAUAAUGAUCGUCAAUUAAGAGACAAAGAAAAUGCAAAUCCUCCUGAAGUUGUUGUGAUGAACCGUAGCCUAUGGAGAAGAUUCCGUGAUUUAUUUAAGAGUGGUAUGAUUAUCUAUUUCGUAGAAUUAAAUAAUGAACUCAUGGUGGUACGUUACGUUGAUGCUUGGUUUGUCUGCUGUACCUGUGUUUAUAAUUGUGGUUUGACAACGAUUGAUUUUGCGCGUUUGUCACGUGCAUCACAAAUAUUUCGUAUGUUUGUCACACUUUGUAGCGGUAUUACAAUCACGACGUUACCAGCAUUGAUUAUCAAAACACGAACACAUAAAUCAACAGUGGGCAUCAAAGUAGAUGAUGAUUAUGAAGAUGACGAUGAUAACGGAUUACCUACGACAAACUUAAAUCGAGAUACUGCUACGAAAAGAAAAUUAAAAUCUCUACUAACAGCAGAUCAAUUACGAUAUCGAGCGUAUAUGACAACAAUUUUUCUGAUACUGACAACAUGCUUUA